UGUCCGCGGGCUUCUUUCAGCGAGAGCCGGCGGUGCGGGACGAGCUCUGGGGCGGUGCUGGGAGCUGAAACCUGCUUUGAGCUGACCCGAGAGCGGGACGGACGGCAGCAAAGCGCCGCGAGCGGGUGGGCUGCAGUUACUGCGGGAAGAGCUGCUCCUGUAAUCCCGGAGCGCUCUCGUUCCCGUCGUGUUUGUUUGCUUGUUUUACUAAUGAACCGCCGCUUUGAUGAAUGUUAGAGGGACCGAUACUCGGUUUCUUUUUUGUACCCUUUGUUGCAAUACGUGGUAGUUAUCCGUGCUCCAGAAUUACAACUUCCUCUUUCCUUUAAAGAAGAAAAAGGGAAAAGAACAGCAACAAAUGAUGAGAGGGAGAUGGGAGCUACGGCCAUCGGUGUGGCACUGCUGGGGCUGCGCACAUCGCUGGGAGCAGCAGGGGAUGGCUGUGGGACAGCCCCAAAUCAGCGGCCAGAGCAAAAACUGCAGCAUCGCUCACUGAGAAGCAUUGCCUGUAAAUAGCGGGGCUGGAAGUUACAAUCAGACGCACUGAAAUCCGUGUUCCUGUUGCAGAGCCGCUCACUGCGAGCUGUGGUACAGAUGGGGAGAUCCUGCCGCGGUUUUGUGUGUUCGCUUCUAGUGACAACUGCCCAGUUCCUGUUCCCUUCUGUCUGAUCUGUUCUCUUAGCGAUGAGUUCUUCAAACCUGCUGGCACUCCCAGCUGAUGUCUGACUGGCCUUAAGCGGUCAGAUCACGGAGUGGUGUAUAGCCAGCUGCCUUAUCUCUGCGUAGAACAAUCCAAGCGAGCCAAGCGUUUCCUUUUGCUGGUGCCAGAGAUUUCCUUCUCUCCGGGAGCAAGCCGGGAUCGGCAGCUCACUGCCUGCAGUCAGUGCUUGCCACCAGUCUUCCCUUUUGAAGCAUUUGGAAGCAGCGUUUGGGACUGGGCUUCAAGAAGACAAAACUUGUGGGCUGUUUCUGCCUCAGCUCUUCUGUGCCCAUUUGUUUCAGUCAUAUAUAAUGUCUGCUCCCAGUGGCUUUCCUGCCCCAUCUGCACCACCUUCAUAUGAGGAGACAGUAGGAAUCAAUGUGAACUAUCCUCAUCCCUACCCUGUUCCAGAACCUGGCCUCAAACCAGGUGGGAAGGGAAUGGACUCUCCCCAGUACUCAGGACAGCCUAUGCCAACAGCAAGCCCUGUUACAGUUCAGACGGUGUAUGUGCAGCAACCAGUAGUGGUGUUCUAUGACCGCCCAGUUCAGAUGAGUUGUCCUUCCUGUAACCAGAUGAUCAUGACACGUCCCUGCUUUGAGGCAGGAGCAUUGACUUGGCUGUCAUGUGGGGGCCUCUUCCUGCUGGGGUGCAUAGCUGGCUGUUGUUUAAUUCCCUUUUGCAUUGAUGCUCUGAAAGACGUGGAACACUUCUGUCCAAAUUGCAAUGCCCAUGUUGGCUCUUAUAAGCGUUUGUAGGCAGUGCAUAAGCACUAGGAGUUGAUUUGCACCUCUCUCUUGAUUAGCCCUUACUGAAGCUUAAUGAAAGUUUAAAGUUUUUUCCUGUCCUGUCACUGGAAACCAAUAAAAAUUAAUGUUUAUUGUCA